AUGUCCGUUACAAUUAGACCUAUUGAACAAAAGGAUAAAGAAGAGUGGUUAAAUUUAUGGUCUGGACCUGAUAGUUAUCUUGUUUUCUAUAAAUCGCAUGUUGCGCCGGAAGUAUCAGAAAAUACUUUCAAGAGAUUCUUCGAUCCUAAAGAGCCUGUAUAUUCUGCAGUCGCAGUGGAUGAUUCAACAGGAAAGGUUAUUGGGUUUGCUAAUUACUUAACUCAUAGAAACACCUGGACAAUUGAGGAUGCGUUGUAUUUGAAUGAUUUAUUUGUGAGCAACGACUCGCGGUUGAAAGGAGUGGGAAGGAAACUCAUCGAGUAUGUUUACACCGAGGCAGAUAAAUUCAAGUGCAAGAAGUGCUAUUGGUCCACCCAGUUUGAGAACCAUCGGGCCCAGCUACUUUACACCAAAGUUGCUGUGAAAAGUGGAUUUUUGCUUUAUAAGAGGCCAUAG